CACUGAAGUCACUUGGGAGACAGCGCUGAAUGUUCCACCCCAGAAUCUUGGCCUCUAGGAGGCAGGGACAGCAGGCCUGGCCAGCCCAGAGACUCUCUGUCCAGGGUGUAAAUGUCCCGCAGAGAUGUAGAGGGCAGCCUCAGAGGCACUGGGCGUUCCUGGCACCAUGGAUGCUGCUGCUGUCCUCAAGCGACAAGGCUAUAUCAUGGGGAUACAUUUAGGAGAGGGCUCUUAUGCAGAAGUCAAAUCAGCUUACUCUGAGUGCCUGAAGUUCAACGUGGCAGUCAAGAUCAUUGACCGCAAGAAAGCCCCCACGGACUUCUUGGAGAAAUUUCUCCCCCGGGAAAUUGAGAUUCUGACCAUGCUAAACCACCGCUCCAUCAUCAAGACCUACGAGAUCUUUGAGACAUUAGAUGCCAAGGUCUACAUCAUUAUGGAGCUCGGGGUCCAGGGCGACCUCCUCGAGUUCAUCAAAACCCGGGGUGCCCUGCACGAGGACGAUGCUCGCGAGAAGUUCCACCAGCUAUCCUCAGCCAUCAAGUACUGUCACGACCUAGACGUCGUCCACCGGGACCUCAAGUGUGAGAAUCUUCUCCUCGACAAGGACUUCAACAUCAAGCUGUCCGACUUUGGCUUCUCCAAGCGCUGCCUGCGGGACGACAGUGGCCGACUGACAUUAAGCAAGACCUUCUGUGGGUCAGCAGCCUAUGCAGCCCCUGAGGUGCUGCAGGGCAUCCCCUACCAGCCCAAAGUGUAUGACAUCUGGAGCUUGGGCGUGAUCCUCUACAUCAUGGUCUGUGGCUCCAUGCCCUACGACGAUUCUAACAUCAAGAAGAUGCUGCGCAUCCAGAAGGAGCACCGAGUCAACUUCCCACGCUCCAAGCACCUGACAGGCGAGUGCAAGGACCUCAUCUACCGCAUGCUUCAGCCUGACGUCAGCCGCCGGCUGCAGAUCGAUGAAAUCCUCAACCACUGCUGGGUGCAGCCCAAGACACGGGGCCUGUCCACUGCAGCUGUCAACAAGGAGGGGGAGAGCUCCCAGGGCAAUGAGCCCUCACGGACCCAUGAACCCAUCUCUGACAAGAGGUCUGCUACCAAUCUGAAGCCUGGGGUGAGGCACAACUCGAGGCACAGCCUGAGACAAAACCUGAGGAGACAGCAGUGCAAGCACCCGAGCAGCCAAAGAUCUUCGGCUCCACCGGUGAGCAGUUGGCCAAGGAGGACAGAAGAAGGGCUCCCGCCACACCUUCAGAGACACAACUCAUAAACCUCUCGUGGCCCAGGGGGCCAGCAGAGAAUGAGGCAGAACUCAUGGCUUCAAGCCUGAGUUUGGAAGAAAUCAAGGGAUGAGCCAGAGAAGGAAGACGGUCCCAGAUAUAUCGAUAUUUUCGUCAGUUUCUUCUCCCUCCCUUUGAACUUGG